AACGUCACUUGGCUCCUUCAAUUUUUCAACAACGCACAAAAAUCUUUAAGCACAACAUUCUGCAGCAGCAUUAACAGCUAUACAGUACAACUAGAAAAUACUUUGAACUUAUUUUAAAAGAAAAAAAAAGUGCGAAAUAAAUAAAAAAAGAAAAAAAAAAUGUUUUAACUAGCAAAGGACAAACACACAUCAUUUUCACGAAGCAAACCUAAAAUUGCACAACCAAAAGAGACGAAACACAAGCAAAUUUUCAAAACGCAGAGACGAAAUUAAAAAAAAAACGAAUGCAAUUAGUGAUAACUUGAAUAACCAGUGAAAAUCAGAGAUAUUUUUUGUUCAAUUUUUUUUUGUUGUGAUUACGUUGAGUAUGCAAAAAUACAUUUAUUUUGAAAAGUGUGAAGUGAUUCUAAUUUUUCAAUUCGAAAAGGGGCUUUUAAUUCGAGACUAAUUCUUUUUCUUCGAUUACAUUUUGUAUGGAAAUAAAGUUGUGAAUUUGUCUCUAUUUGACAAUAUUGGUCAAAUGAAAAAGGUUCUAUACAAAAAUCAUCAGCUACAAUCUCGGUGUGAGAGGCGUUCCAAAAUUUUAUUUGAACUGAAUAAUUUCGUGUUGAAUGUUCAUCCAUAAUAUCGCCAUCGAUUAUCAUCAUCAUCACCAUCAGUCUUAGUGCCUUCCAUAUUAAAUAUAUUUGAUACAAACGCAACACAUUAGCUUUAAUCAUUUGAGAGGAGAAAAAAAGAGAGAGGAAAACAAACAAUCACCUAUCACAAUUAUACAGUGUCUAGGAUGAAAUAAACGAGAAACGCAAUUCAAUUGCAAAAUUUAAAAACAAAAUACAAAAACAUCAUACACAAUUUUGAUUAGGUGGAUCAUUCAAUGUCAAUCAAUGUGGAUAAAAUGGAUCCGAAACACAAUAAUUCUAUGCGCAAGUCAAAGCCAGUGAUGAAACGGCGUAAGAAACUUUCAACGGCUAGUGAUUUAUCGAGUGAUUCAUUAUCACCAAAGAAACGUCCACCGAACGGUUAUGGUCACAAUGAUUAUCGAUCAUCACCAGAGACCACAUUUAGUUCAUCGUAUCACAAUAUUUUACCAGAUUCGAUGAAUGGAUUAUCUGUAAACGGCACCAGCACAACAAACCGCCAUCAUCACAUUGAUGGUGCAAAUUAUUUUUCUGAAACGAUUAACGGCGAUUCAAAUCGAAAAGAGAUUGUUAGUCAAAAUGGUUUGGUUCGAUCGAUGGGUAGUGAUUCGUCCAGCCAUACGGUCAUCGUGAAUCGUCAUCGAUACGAUGACAGUGAUAGUGCAUCUAGUGUUACUAGAAGUAUUGAUGGUGCCAGCAGCAGUGGUGAUGGUACUGUAGGUCAUCGUCAACCACGUACACCCGAAGAUUUCUAUUUGUUUUGUCAGUUUAUUUUAGAAUAUGAAAACUAUGGAGAUGAAUACAGUCAGGAUGCUUUACGAAGCUCAAACCAUAGUCCAUUGGAUAGUACGGGAAGUGCGACCGAGUCGACAACUAGCAGCGCUGUGAAUGAAGAUGAAUCGAAUCAUGCGAUUCCAAUUGUUGACACAACAACAAAAGAUUUAGAUACAAAUGAUUUAAACGGUACGAAUGUGAUGUUGAAUGAUACAAGUACGGACGAUGUGACAAAAUCAUUGGAAAGCACCAUUGAUGCAUCGUCAACAAACGAAGAUGAUGACUCCGAUAUCGAUGCCGAUUCGUACAAUUUGAUAACAUGUUAUUGUGGUAAACCGUAUGCAGCACGACCGAUGAUUGAAUGUUCGCAGUGUUUAACGUGGUUGCAUUUGUCGUGUGCAAAAAUCAAGCGUAAAAAUAUUCCGGACAUUUUUAUAUGUGUAAAAUGUGCAAAAACCACUGGUCAACAGUCUUCAAUGACACAACAGUCAAUGCCAAAUCAUCCCAAAGAUCUUCAAUCAAAUGAGCAGCCAAAAGAGAAUAAUCGUUCCAAAAAAUCAACCGCAUUAACGACUGCGUCACAAACGCGUUCCGAUAAAUUAGAGAAUAAUAUACUGCAACCGCUCAAUGUGAGCGCUACCGCAUACGAAACAGGUGCUAAUAAUUUAGACAACAUAAAACAAACCACAUCGACUGUUUCAAACAUUGCCGUCAAGUACAAAUAGAAAGAAUUACAGAUACAGGCGGACAGGCAGGGCAAAUUCUCAAAUGCAAGCGCAAAUUCAAUUUGCAAAAUAAACACUGAAUGACGGCAGCAACGAUAUUUUUUUUUGAUACAUUUCCGUGACAACAUACACGCACCGAAAAGAAAAGAGAAACACACAUUCACCAAGAUAAAAAAGAUUCGCGCAAUCAAAAUGCGUAUAACUUUGUUUUUUUUUUCUUUUAUAUUGAUAUAGGGCAAAUCCUUAAACAGCCAUUCUUUUGUUUUCUUUUUCUAAAAAGGGGAUAUUUCAUGAAAUUUACAUGAUAUGUACAUAAAUUAUACAUACAUUUUUAUUUUGUUUAUACGAAAACAAUUUCUUUUUUCUAAAAAAAAUAUUCAUAUUACAAAAGAAAAAAAAACACUUUAAUGAUAUUGGCUAAUGAUUAAAAAAAGAAGUCUCCAAAAACCAAUGGACGAUAAUAAUGUAAGUGGCAAAGAUUAUGAAUUUUCGAGAGAAAUAUAAAAAUAACAACACGAAAGUUACAUUUAAACAAGAAAUUGAUGUUAAGCAUUAAAGUCAGAUUUUCAUUUUCUUGAAUGGACAAUUGAAUAUUAAUUCAGAGUAUAGAAUUUAGUGAGAGAUCUAUGUUAAACAGUCUAUGAUAAAAAUUCGAAUAUAAAUCGAAUGAGGAUGAAAAAUAAAAUAUAGAUCACUAUUUUCGUACGUUCUUAAGUCAAAUAUUAUUAAGUGAGAAACGAACUUUUUGUAAAAAUUAAUUUGUUACCAUUUAAAUGAAAAAUACAGAUAAAAGUUAAAGAAAAGUUAACAAUCA